AUGUUGUACACAACAACUAACUCAGAUCCGUCUUUACGUUACAAUCUCAGUACAAUAGAAGAGACGUCGACGGAAGAGAAAGAUGAGGAGGCUAUCGAUGAGCAUGUACGUCACAAGUUCUCAACAAUUAGUCAAGCAAGUGGAAGUUAUCGACUUCAGAACUCUCCAACUCCAUCUGCCUACAAGUUAUCUUGGGCGAGUUCGACCAGGAAAGAAUCCACACAAUCCAACUCAUCAAGUAUCAGCAGUGGCUUUUCCUACUCAAAGCCGAUCGUUGAUUGUCGGAGGGAAUCACUUCUAUCGAAGGCUGAUUUAACCCGUCGACGUCUAUCAUUUCGAACAACAGCCUUGGCCUUAGCCAGAUUCCGUCGUCGGAUAGUUGUUUUCGACAAAGCUGAUAUGUGCUUAUGCGGCUUACUCAAUCUAUCAUUGUCCGUUCAUUUGAUUUGUUGCAUUGAGGUAUUUUUCUCAAUGGUUCUGCUUAUUCAAUCGCCUGAUCUUAUAACUAUGGAUGGGACGUAUUUCUAUUUUCUGGGAAUGUUGGAAGGGUGUGGAGAAUACUUCUUUGCUUUACACUUUCUAAUGAGCGUUUCGUGCGUAUUAACGGCUUUAUUGCUUUACGUUGGCAGUCGAUCUCGACGGCCUGCUUAUGUGCUACCUCAUUAUUUAUGGCAAAUAUCAUUUAUAGUAAUGACAAUCAUCUUGUCGACUGUUUUGUUGAAUCUGGGUUUAAGUGGAAAGAUGUUGUUGCCAUCUAGCAUUGUUUUGAGCUGUAUGCUAUUAGUACCAGGGAUAGCUGAAAUCUGGUGGAGUUAUUUAACACUGUGUUACUAUCGCCAACUUUUAUCCAAAUCCAGCGUGUAUAAACGACCUAAAGCACCGAUUGUAGCUCCAUUUAAGGCUACUGAAUGCUGA